AUGGGGGAUGCUUUUGCCAAAAAGCAGUUGCAUAUUCCCGACACAGAAUCAUUACCUGAGACAGGUACAAAAUACCCGUAUGUUUUAGUGGGUGACAAAUCAUUUCAGCUACAGCAAAACCUCAUGAAACUGUAUCCCAGAGAAGUUCUUGGCAUUCGGAAAGAGUUUUUAACUAUCGAUUAUCAGGGACAACACAUAAAAUUGAAAAUACUUUUGGGAUUGCAGCAGCAAGAUUCCGAGUAUUUCAUCGCCCAAUACAUGCAAGAGUCAAAAUGGUUGUAAAUAUUACCAAAGGAAUGGUAGCUCUGCAUAACUACCUAAUGAGUGAAAAAACAUUCGGAAGCGCAUCUAAGUAUUGUCCUGCUGGGUGUAUUGAUACUGAAGGACCAGGUGGCACACAGUUGGAGGGAGAAUGGCGGAGUGUUGUUCAAAGAGAUCAAGGACUGAGACACCUAACAAGAGCUGGCUCAAACAACUAUUCACAAAGUGUCAAGCUUGUUCGUGAAGAUUUCAGCAAUUACUUCUUAUCAAGUGCUGGACAAGUACCAUGGCAGUGGGUUGCCACACAUUCUGCUGAGGAUGCUUUCGAUAUUAAUAAGCAGAAUUGA